CGGAACUUCUUGAGGUGUCGGGCUGAUACAACCCUUAACCGGAUCGGAUCCAUCGAAGCCCGACCCGCCCGCCUGUCAGUCCUCGGCAUGAGAAACGAGAUGCGUGUCGCUCGCGCGGUCACUUUUGUAGCGAAAACGCAACCGUUUCUCGACCUAACAGAUCGUCCCCACCAGUUCGUUUCGUUUUGUCUGUCUUCAUCGCUUGCCCCGCACAGGAAGAGCGAGCGAGCGAGCACAGAGCCGAGGGCCAGAGCCGUAAAGAAGAAAACGAAGUUUGCGUUAGAUCUAAUACACACCGACCGCCAAAGCCCGUGGGAAAGUAGGGAAGGCAGAUCGAUCCUGCCACAGCACGCCAUUGACGUUCUUUUUUUGCAAACGAAGCAAUUUCGCGAACGGCCUCCUCCUGUACCCCCGGCGGCGUCUGCGAGAACGGCAGCGAGCUCUCGGAUCGCGCUAAUGAAGUUGGAGAUAGUCUUGGUGUUCACAGAAUGUCGGAGCUCGUUGGGGGUGAGGAAACCAGGAAUGUACAUCAGAGUUUGCCUUCAGCAAUUUCGUCAGAAGAAGGAUUUCAAAGGCAGCAGUAGUAAUGCCAAAUCUGAGAAAAAAUCUGGCAAAGCUGAAUCCCGGGAAGCUGAUGCUGAUACGACAUCUAAGGAGCCGGAAUCAGCAGGACUACGGCAGGUUCUUGAAGAUGUAAAUAUGUCUCAUCUGGAUUCAAAUUCAGGAAGUUUGGACACUUUGCAGAAUUCAGUUGCUACUACUGAUGAUGUUGAGGAUGUCAGUCAGUCAGCAAUGUCUCCAGAACUUGAAUCUGUUAAAGAUGGGAUGUUUCCUGCUCAUACAUCUGAGUUGUCUGCUCAGGAUGUGAGAUCUCUUGAUAAUGCUAAUGAUCAUGCAGAGUCCAACAAGAGCACAAUUGCGGUUAUUGAGGCAAGUUCUACGUCUGUGGUGAUUUCAGAAACUCAAGAUCCUAACAUUGAAAGUGACAGUACAGCUAGCACAGAUGUUGCAAAUGAAACAAAUAUGACGCACAGGGAAGAGAAAAAUGAUUUGGUGCAAUCAGAAGAAGGUGCUUCCUCUGUUCCUUUGGUGCCUGAAGGUGAACUUCAGGCAACCGAUAUAGAUGCUGUUACAAAUGAAAAAUUUAUGACUCCCAGGGAAGAUAAUGAGGAAUCAGCACAAUCAGAGGACGGUGCUUCCACUGUGCCUUCGGUACUUGAAGGUGAACUUCAGGUAACCAAUGCAGAUGCUGAUACAACUGAAAAAUAUAUGACUUGUAGGGAAGAGAAUAAGGAGUUAGUGCAAUCAGAAGAAGGUGGUUCAACAGUGCCUUUGGUGCUUGAAGGGGAACCUCAGAUAACCAAUGCAGGUGUCUCCACAACUGAAGAAUUUAUGAUGCACGGGGAAGAGAAUAAGGAAUCACUGGAACCAGCAGAAGGUUCUUCCACUGUGCCUUUGGUCCUUGAUUGGGAACCUCAGGUAACCGAUGUAGGGGCAAUGCAGGAAGCUCAUGGGUUGGUCUCAAGGCAACUUGAUACUAGUUAUGUCUCAAAUCCUAAAAGUGACGAGCAACAUAGUUCAUCUGAAAGCAGUGUACCUGAUGGAACUGUAAAAGGGGAAGCUGGGAUGGAUGCUUGUGUAGAGCAAGCUACUAUCCGGUCAGAAAAGAUUGACGCUGAUGCGUCCGCACUAACUUUCAGAAUGGAAAAGUCAGAUGGACUCAUGCAGUCUGUUUUCCCUGCCUCUGAAGAAGAUGGUACCUCCAGUGCUUCUAAGGAGCCAAUAACUCAAGAGGUAGUCGCUGUAGAGGCUUCAUCUGUCAUCGACACGAUAGAAAUGCAUUCUAAAUCUGAUAAUCACAGCAAAGAGCAUGAUGUAUCUGAAAGUGAAAAAGAGAAGUCCAUGGGGUUUGUCAAUGAAAGGAGUGACAAGCCUCCUCCUGAUGGAACUAUAAGGCCUUCUGAAUCAGCCCCGAUCCCGAUCAAUUUGGUGCAACUUAUCGAGGUGACGAAGGGGCUUAGUAAAGAUGAUUUUGGGUUAUUAAUCAAGUCAAGAGGUUCAGUAUCUGAAGUGGACUUAGAUAAUGAUAUUUUGAGAGCACCACAACCUGGCUAUCAUGCUUUGUUGGAGAAACUCUGCGAAGAGUUGUUUGUUGCCAGGUGCACUAGUGAUAUCUUUCACCUGCAACUUUCGGAGCAGCUUGAUUUGCAAAAUGAAAACGACUGCCGAUCUGUGCAAUUGGUUGAAGAAAUUUCAAGGACGAGGGCCUCACUCAAGGAAGCUCAUGCUAAGAGUGAUGGCCUUGUUCAGGAGCUCUCAGCUUGUAGGUCUGACCUCAAUGAUGCUGUUGGCAGUAAGGAAGAGCUUCAAAGUCGAUUAGAAGCAUCCAAGGCAGAGGUUGAUGAAGUUUCUGCAAGGGCCUAUGAAUUGCAGAAUAGUCUGGAAAGCUCACAAGCAAAUUUAUCAAGUGUUUCCAAGGAGUUGGCUCAUUUGAAGGACUUGGUGGAAUCACUGAAAGGAGAAAGCAACGAGUUAAAUGAAUCUCUUGCUUCAGCUACUGAUGAGAGGAGGAGUCUAAGGGACGAAAAAGAAUUCUUUCUUCAGGAGAAUGCUAAGCUGUUGAAGGAGUUAGACGUGUCCAAGAACGUGAUUACUGCUUUGAAUGUAGAAAUUUCUGAAUUGAGUGGUAAUCUUGUUUCUGUGGCAGAUGAGAAACAGAAGUUUGAAGAAGAGAAGGGGCGCUUGGUGGAUGUCUUAAAUGAGAACCUUGUGCUGUUAAAAGAGCAGCACAAGAAAUUAGAAGAUGAGAAUGUGAAUCUGGUUCACGAAAAUGAGCAACUUCGCUCUGAGAUUCUUGGGCUCCAUCAGACGUUGUCAAAUAAUCAGGCGGAACACGUGCACUUGAAAUCUGAAAUGCAAGAAACGGCCUUGCGCCUUGAACAACUAGCGACAGAAAACAUGAGUCUUCAUAGUAGUUUGGAUGUAUAUAAAGCAAAGGUAGAAGUUGGUGACAUGCAAGUCCAAAAAUCCCCCCUAGAUGAGGUUGCUAUUUUUGAAGGUGGAUCUGUGAUGGUUGAGCGCACUGAUUUUAAUGAUGCUACUGAGGAUGAACAUCUGCACUCUUCUUAUGGUAAGCAAGACGGAAUGAAGCCGAUUUCUGAACUACUUGAACUUGCAGCCCCUGAUAAUACUCGGGGGUUAGUUUCCUUCAAUGCACACUUGGAAGAGGCAGAGAAAACGUUGCAACUUUUUGAAAAUGAAAUUGAACUGAUUCACCACCAUUUAACAUCCUCGAGUAAGUUUGGUGGUAAAGAGGCAAUUCCAGCAGUUUCGAAGCUGAUCCAAGCUUUUGAGUCAAAGUCACAACAUGAAGAACAAGAGUCGGAGGAUAACAUUAUUACUCCGAGUCAGUCAGCAGUAGAUCCCUUUGUAUCAAGCAAAAAGUUUGCAGGAAGUUUGAAGGCGGUGUUGAAGCAAUUGUCCCUGGAUGCUGAACAUGCUACCUCAGCUUACAAGCGAGAGCAAGAUGAUCUGACUGCUGCUAAUGCCACGGUGAGGGACCUCAAGCUCCAAGUUGAAGCUAUGGCAGAUCAGUAUGACAAUUUGGAAAUGACCAAUAUUGAGCAUGAGGUUCUUCAUGAAGCUUUUAAGCUACAUAUGAGUUCGAUUGAAGAGAAGAAUAUUGAACUUGAAGUUGUGUGUGAAAAGUUGACGGUGGAGGAUAGCAGUCUCAAAACACACAACUCUGAGCUUCACCAAAAACUUCAUCUUUACCAGAAGAGAAUUGAAGAACUUCAGAUUCAGUUGCAUGAGUUACAGAAGAUCUCAAAUGAAGUGGUCUCUGGGCUACCUUAUCAAUUGGAAAGCUUCCAUAAGGAUAUAGCUGAGUGGGUUUUGAAACUCGAGCAAGAAUGGAAAUUCACCUUUUCUCAGAUUGUUGAAGCAGUUGAGAGACUUGAUAACUCUGUUGGAGUGGAGCAAACAUCCAGAGUGUCAGCUGACAGGCAUGGGUCCAUGGAUAUAACUGGUUGGCUUGUUUCUUCUGUUGAUGCUACUGUGAAAAUGACCCGGCGAUUGAAGGAAGAAACAGAGGCUGCCACUGCUGAUAGGGAAGCCACCUUCAAAAUGUUCUCUGAAGCAAACAAGAAGUAUGAUGAACUGUUUGGGAAAAGCAAAUGGGCGAAUGAUAUGCUGUGCAAGUUGUAUUAUGAACUAAAGAAACUUCUUUCAGAUUCGGUGCUUGCUGUACCGGAAACGGAGGAAAAUGUACAUAAUGUGGAAUUGCUUGACCACAUACAUUAUGAUAGUUAUCAAGCCCUUCUGGAGGAACUGCAGAACUGUAUGGAUCAGAGGCGGCGACUUCUUGCUGUCAACGAAGAACUUAGUUUGGAGUUGUUGAAUAAAACAAAAGAUAUUGAGAACCUCAGCACGAAAUGUGGUGACUUGAGUUCCAUCGAUAAACUUAUUGGAGAUCUUGAAGGUGUAGUGAGACAGAAAGAUGCUAGCAUUGACUCAGAAAUUGGUGCUGUUUCUCGUCUGGAGUCACUGGUUCAUGUCCUUGCUCAUAAAAAAGACGCUGAUGAGCUGGGUUCCUUAUUUAGAGAUCAACAGUUGAUGGAGUUGGCAGAACUUCAGGAUAAGAUAUCUCAGUUAAGUUCAUUGAAACUUGAGCAUGAAAACGAGAUCCUUAGUCUGGAAGAGCAACUAAGCCAAUCCAAGGAAGCUCUUAAUGCUGCCCAUUGCGACUUGCAGGAAAAAGCAAAGGAACUUGAACAGUCAGAGCAGAGGGUGUCCUCUGUUAGAGAGAAGCUUAGCAUGGCUGUCGCCAAGGGUAAAGGAUUGGUUGUCCAGCGAGAUGGCCUCAAGCAGUCCCUGGCAGAGACAUCUAGUGAGUUGGAGAGAUGCUCGCAGGAGUUAGAGUUUAAAGAUAUUAAACUGCACGAGUUAGAAAUGGAACUAAAGACUUAUUCAGAGGCGGGUGAGCGUGCAGAAGCUCUAGAAUCAGAGCUUUCAUACAUCCGUAACUCGGCCACUGCAAUUAGAGAAUCCUUCCUGCUCAAGGACUCUGUGCUGCAGAGGAUAGAAGAGAUACUGGAAGAUCUGGAUCUGCCUGAGCAUUUUCACUCGAGGGAUAUAAUUGACAAGGUUGAAUGGUUAGCCCGAUCUGUGAAUGGAAAUUCUGUUCCUCUACCAGAUUGGGAGCAGAAGAGUUCUGUGGGUGCUUCCCAUUCUGAUACAGGUCGCUUUGUUCCAACAGAAGCCUGGAAGGAGGAGGUUCAGAUGGGAUCAAGCUCUGUGGAUGACUUGAGAAGAAAAUGUGAGGAGCUUCAAGGGAAGUUUUAUGGGUUGGCUGAACAGAAUGAGAUGCUGGAGCAAUCAUUAAUGGAAAGGAACCAGAUGGUGCAGAGAUGGGAGGAACUGUUGGACAGGAUCAACUUGCCAUCGUCCUUGAGAUCAUUUGAACCCGAGGAUAAAAUUGAGUGGAUAGGGAAUGCACUUUUGGAAGCUAACCAGGAUAGGAAUUCUUUGCGCCAGAAGGUCGAUACCCUUGAGAGCAGUUGUGGUUCUCUAACUGCAGAUUUGGAAGAUUCAAACAUGCGGAUAACAUACCUUGCUGCUGAUUUAGAGGGGCUGCAGAAGAAAAUCUCUGUUCUGGAAACAGAUCUCCAAGCAUCUAUUCACGAGAGGGAUAAUCUCUCCAAAGAAUUGGCAGCCUUGACUCAUGAUAGUGAGGACCUUUCGGUAAAGGCCGCCAAGUUUGAACUCGAUAGUGAAAAAUGGCAAGAUGAAGUAACUGUUUUGCGGGAGAAAUUGGUUGAGAAAGAAGGGUACGAGUAUCAAGUUGGGCAUAUUAAUGGCGAGAUUAUAAGACUUCAAGAAAUUAUCUGCAACACAUUGCAGGAUCCUGGUGCAAAAGAUUUGGUUGGUGGAGGUAGUGGUACAGAGUGCUUGGAGGGGCUACUGAUGAAACUUAUUGAGAGUUUGCCCACUGGGGUUGCAACUGAAGAAGAACAGCGUACUGAAGGAGCUGUUGCAAGCUUUGUUGAAGCGAGAACUAGGGAUGCAGAUGCUACUGAGCAGUUGGAUGUUGUCCGUCUAGAGCCAGGUACUGGGGAUGAUCCUGAGGACUCAAGCUGGAAUGCUCUAAAGAAAGAGCUGGAUGAAACUUCUAAAGAAAUGGGUCAGGUGAAGGAAGAAAGAGAUGAGUAUAAACGUAAGCAAGAAUCAUUGAUUUCUGAAGUUGAAGCUCUUGACAAAAAGAGGAUGGAGUUGCAAGACCUACUGACGCAGGAAGAGCAGAAAUGCGUAUCUGCUAAAGAGAAGUUAAACAUCGCAGUGAGAAAGGGGAAAUCCUUGGUGCAACAGCGGGAUUCUCUGAAACAAACCAUAGAGGAGUUGAAUAUCGAGUUGGAGCACUUAAAAGCUGAGAUUAAACAGAAGGAGAGCACUCUUGUGAACUAUGAACAGAAGAUAACAGACUUAUCAUCUACUUACUCUGAGCGGGUAGAGGCCCUUGAAUCGGAGACUUUGUUCUUCCAGAAUCGUUCGGCUGAAACUGAGCACCUUUUACAUGAAAGGGAACAAAGCUUAGCGAGGGUUGUGGAUAGUCUCAGCAGCAUUGAUCUUGGUGAUGAAGUGGCUAACACUAGUAGUCCAUUUGAGAAAUUGGAGCACAUAAGGAAACUGUAUCAAGAUAUGCAUGCUGCUCUUGCUUCCUCAGAGCAGGAUUCUGCUAAAUCUAGAAGAGCAUCAGAGCUUCUGCUUGCAGAACUGAAUGAGGUCCAAGAGAGGAAUGAUGUCCUUCAAGAAGAGCUAUCAAAGGCUAACUUUGAGCUUUCAGAGCUGUCUACAUCCAGAGAUCUAGCUGAGACCGCCAAGUUUGAAGCUGUAUCACAUAUCCAAGAGUUAUCCACAUUACAGUCUGAGAAGAAAAAGAAGCAAAAUGCUGAGCUCAUGGUUUUGAUAUCUUACACUGAUCAACUCAGGAAGAUCUUCUCAGAUGUCAAUAAUCUAAUUGUUGGUCAUCUGACCAAGGAUUUAGAGUUUAUUCAAAAUCUUGAGGCUGGUAUGGAGUCAUUACUACAAAAUACAGAAGUCAAUGAUAUGUCUCAGUUGCCAUUCAUCAUUAAUUCUGACAACAAGGACAAGACUCUUGCUGUGGAGCCUUUUUCAGAAGCCAUCAUGCAAGACCAUUUUGAUGAUGAGAUUGCUAUUCCUGGAGUUUGUAGUUCGGUACAAGAAUGCAUGAAUGAAAUGGUAGCUCUCAAAAUUUUCAUGAAGGACCACUCUCUUGCAGCACAUGAGCAAGCCGACAAAUUGUGCAAACGGAUCCAUGCUGUUCAAAUUGAAAUAAGUCAUAAUAGAGAUUCUUCUCAAACUUUGAAGAGAGAUGUUGAAUACCUAGAGUCAUUUGUAAAACAGAAGGAAAGUGAAGCUGGUGCAUUGCACAGGAAUCUUCUUAUCCUUUAUGAAACAUGCCUCAGUUCACUGAAGGAAAUAGGAAAUAGGAAAGCUGAAAUUGUUGACCGCACUUCGGCUCCUGGAAAUUUGAUGGGACAAGAACUUCUAGAUGUUGGUGGGCUUCCUGUAAGUGGGAAGAUUAAUUCUUUGUCAGAGGAGCAUAUCAGGAAUGUAGCAGAGAGAAUGAUGAGCGCCGUGAAGGACUUCAUCAGUCUUUACAGUGGAACUUUUGAGGGUGAUAGAAAGGAAAUGAGGACGACCAUAACAAGCUUGCAGAGAGAGCUUCAAGAGAAGGAUAUUCAGAGAGAGAGGAUAUGCAUGGAACUUGCUGGCCAAAUUAAGGAAGCAGAAGCUGUUGCAACCAGAUACUCUCUUGAUCUUCAAUCCUCCAAAGCUCGUCUAAUAGAUCUGGAGAAACAGGUAGAGCUUGCAAUGGAAGAGCGAAAUUCGUUGGAACAGCAGCAAGCAAAUGAAAUUGAAGAUGAACGGAAAAUUUCAACCGAGUUGCAUGAGAAGAUCAGAUUACUAUCUGAUACAGUUGCUGCGAAAGACCAAGAAAUAGAAGCACUAACCCAAGCUCUCGAUGAAGAGGAGGCUCAGAUGGAAGAUUUAACACACAAGUGUGAGGAACAGGAAAAAGCUUUGCAGCAAAAGAAUUUUGAUAUUGAGAAUCUUGAAUCCUCUCGUGGGAAGGUCUUGAAGAAGCUUUCAAUAACUAUGAGCAAGUUUGACGAGCUUCAUCAAUUCUCUGAAGGUCUACUUGCCGAGAUAGAAAAGCUUCAGUCCCAGUUGCAGGAUCGUGAUGGUGAGAUCUCAUUUCUAAGGCAAGAGGUCACUAGAUGUACCAACGACGUUCUUGUUGCAUCUCAGAUGAGUGACAAAAGGAAUGUGGAUGAUGAGAUUCAUCAGUUGUUCUUUUGGCUGGACAAUCUGGUUCCUCAGAUUAGUAAGGAAGAUGUGAAUGUUGGUGACAAUGUCGGGGUUCAUGAGUACAAAGAAGUAAUUCAGAAGAAGAUUGCUUCUGUUGUGUCGGAACUGGAGAAUCAACGGGUAGCUGCUCAGUCGAGGGAUUCUUUACUGCAGUUAGAGCGGAAUAAAGUUGAGGAUUUACUGCAGAGGGAAGAAGUUCUGGAAAAAUCAUUACAUGAGAAAGAAUCCCAGUUAAAUAUGCUUGAAGGUGGUGGAGAUGUUAGAGGGUCAAAUGGUUCUGCCUCUGAGAUUCUUGAAACUGAACCAUUGAUAAACAAAUGGACGGUGGCUGGGCCAUCUACUACUUCUCAAGUUCGAAGCUUGCGGAAAGCAAACAACGAUCAAGUCGCUAUUGCUAUAGAUAUGGAUCAAGAAGGCAGUGGUCGAUUAGAAGAUGAAGAUGACGAUAAAGUUCACGGCUUCAAGUCGCUUACAACAUCUAGGAUCGUUCCCAGAUUCACGAGGCCCGUCUCUGACACGAUUGAUGGUCUAUGGGUUUCGUGUGAUCGAGCUCUCAUGCGGCAACCUGCCUUCCGGCUUGGGAUCAUGAUGUACUGGGCUGUAAUGCAUGUUCUACUCGCAGCUUUCAUUUUCUAAUGACUGCCCCAGAGUCCGCGGUUAGUGUUUCCUCCAAUCCUUUUUUCGUCAACUUGUUCAGUCACGUCGUCGAAAGAGCUGCCACCUUACAUGUUGCUGAAUGCACGCAGAUUGAAGCUCUGUUUCGAAAAUGGCUUUGGAAUAUUUAGGCGUGGUGGGGAUGAGGUGUGAACAAGCCUUAUACUUAGAUCAGUAGAGAAAGUAAAACUAGAACACCAGUACUUCUCUUAGUGCCAUUGAUUCAUUACAAGAAGAUUUCUUUUUGUUAUACAACUUUCAUUUGUGGCUUGGUAUAGACCCAUACAAACACUCCCUGUGCGAUUUGUAUAUUGUAAAAAAUCUCAUUCAGUUCAUAUUUUCUUCACCAGUUUUGAAAGCUUUCGAUGGCCGAUCGUACUCGAAUUACCACUAGACCAAUCCUUUGGUCGCGGUUUAUUAAAUCGGACGAAGAGUUCUUUCCUUCCAAUGAUUAUUGAAACCUAAAUUACUCCUUCUGUUACAGGAAAUCCUUCGGGUUCCCAAGUGGAUUCUCUACAAAUCUCUGUAUUCUGAAAUACCGGAGAGUUUCUUCCUCCACAGCUCCUUUCACCUCCCCUUCAACGGCAAGAUCGGCCAGCAUCUUCCCGACGGCGGGGCCCAUCUUGAACCCGUGACCCGAAAACCCGCCGCCGCCGACCACAUCUUCACCAAACUCCCCGCCCAGAAAAUCAAUCACGUAAUCCUUGUCCGGCGUCAUGCAGCACAUACACGACUGCUUCGACACCGGACCGCCGCCGGUCUCCACCAAACCGCCGAACGUCGCCUCAAUCCACUCCUCCAUCUCCUCGGUCGGCUUCCCGGGUCCCCACGGCCUCUUAUCUGGGUCGCACGGGUACCCGCCGGUCAGCGUUACUUUGAUCAGCCCCGGAAACUCCAGCUCCGGCGUCCCGUACACCCCUGGCCUCCCGUAGCUGGCGAACGUCGGAAAACCCCCGCCGAUCGCCAAUUUACCUUCCUGCCCUUCCUUCACCCUCCAGUAACACACCGUCGUCUCCACCGGCUGGACCGGAAGCUCAAUCCCGCUCACCCUCUUCACCAAUUUCUCCGUCCAAGCUCCAACGGUAACCACACACUUCCUCCCCCAAAAUUUCCCUCCCUCGCCGACCACCAAAACUCCGCCGUUGACGUCAUCCUUGACAAUCUCAUUCACCUCCGUGCGGUCCCUCAACACCGCGCCAUUUCGAAACGCCAGAGUCUGGAACAUCGAAACCGCCUUGGUGGGUUUGAUCACCCCGCCGAGCUCCGUGCAGACCCCGAUCCAGUCCUCCGGGAUCCUAAUUCGACCGUCGAAUUCCUCGUCGACCUGACGGUGGUCGAGAACCCGACAGUCAAUGGACCUCUCCCGACAGCUCGAGAUGAUGGCGCGGAGGCUCUUGUUCUCCGCGGGCCCCAUGUCGAAAUUCGGGCACUUGAAGUAGACCCUGUACCCGAUCUCCGAUUCGGCCUCUUCCCAGAGCCGGGAAGCUUCGACGGCCAUGGGGCAGUAGUAGCCGUCUGGAUACGUCGCCCGCAUGGUCCGGGACUCGCCGUGCGACGAGCCGCGGUGGUGGAGGAAGUCGAAUUGCUCCAGCAGGAGCACCCUCUGGCCUCUCUUUGCUAGUUCAUAAGCCGCGGAGCUGCCCAUAAUACCGGCUCCGAUAACUAUCACGUCAUACUGCUCGCCGGAAAGGCCCAUCGUUUCCUGAUUGCGGAAAGUAUGGAACUAACUACCGGGUCUCUGUUUUUAAAGAUAAUAAUGAAAUGAGUGAACAGAGUGCUCUGUUUUUUAAAGUCUUUUCACUUUGCACCAGACUUGUAAUCAUUUUGUCUGCACUAUCGACAAGUGCUCGUGAUCAUAUCGACUGGAUACUAAAUUGUGGAAUCUAACCACUUGAAUUGACAGAAC